AAUGGCGGAUGAACAGCACUUUCAUACUUCGAGUUCAAGACUUAUUGGACAGAUAUUAUCACCUGUAGCUGUUGUAUUAGGAUCUCUAGCAAAUUUUACAACAAUAAUUGCUAUAGCAAGACAACCAAAGUUGAGAACUAUAACUAAUUUCUUUCUCAUCAACCUCGCUAUUUCCGAUCUGUUAUUCUCUGGAUUCAUCGGUCCAUUGAUUUCGACAUCGUUUUUCGUCGGCUGGUACAAGAUCAAUGAGAGUUCGCCGGAGCUUUGUCGUAUCUUCCCCUAUAUUAUGUACGCUACUGGUGGAGCAACUCUCUUUAUGGUAGCCCUUGUAACCCUUAACCGCUAUGUACUUAUAGUUCACGCCUACGCUUACAAAACCAUUUUUACGAAGACUAGAACAGGUAUAAUUCUAUUUACAACUUGGAUGAUAAUUUUAUGUCUUCUUCUUUUGCCCGCAACCGAGAUUUGGGGCGAAUUUGGCUAUGAAAGAUCCAUUGAUUUUUGUACAUUCAUUAGACAUCCUCGUAGACGAGGUGCGAGAACGUUUAUCACAGCUUUCUGCAUAUCCUUGACCAUCGCCUGUGUUUUGUUCUGUAACAUAAGAAUUUACUUGGUCGUUCGCCGUAGUAGAGAGAGAGUAGGCGGUGGUCUUGGGAGUAAUGGAGAGGCGAAUGGAGUAAGAAAUAACGCCCCUUCGACUAAUCGACCAAGACGGAAAGAUUUAAAACUCAUUAAGAUGAUAUUAACGGUUUUUGGUGUAUUUGGCAUUUGUAAUAUUCCAUUAGUUAUUAUUCUUAUGGUAACUAAGGACUAUGUGGAGCCGACUUUACACACGGUUGCUUUAAUGCUGUAUUGGUCAAGCUCGUUGGCUAAUCCCCUUAUCUACACGGUGAUGAACAAGCAAAUUCGUCUAGCUCUCUUAUCUCUACUACCCUUUCGUAAAAAGGGCAUACGAGGUUUGAAUAUAAACGACGACUCGACGACCCACUCCUACCGCCAAUAG